CUCACCUCCCACCAUGGAGUGGAAAACAUCUGCAGUCUGCAUACUACUUCUGGCGCUUACCGGCAUUCAGGUGCAUUCAAAGAACGUCUAUCCCAGUAACCAUGUCAACAGCAUCUGCAGCAUGUGGGGAAACUUCCACUUCAAGACGUUCGAUGGGGACGUUUAUCAGUUCCCUGGCAUGUGCGAGUAUAACCUGGUGUCUGACUGCCAAAGCCUCAUUCGCCAGUUCUCGGUUCAUGUGAGGAGAACAGAAGACACCAAUGACCCGAAGAUCAGCAGGGUGUCAGUCAGUAUCAAUGACAUCAUCAUUGAGUUGACUGAGAAAGAGGUCAUGAUCAAUGAACAAAAAGUAACACUGCCUGUGCAUAUCACAGGGAUCCUUGUGGAAGAAAACACCAUUUACACCAGACUCUAUUCCAAAAUGGGCAUCACUGUCACAUGGAACAAAGAGGAUGCAGUUAUGGUGGAACUUGACUCCAAAUAUUCCAAUCGGACUUGUGGACUGUGUGGCGAUUUUAAUGGAGUUCCAGUUUAUAAUGAGUUCAUUGAAUCCGGACGGAGGGUUGGAUAUACUGAGUUUGGAAAUAAUCACAGAGUUCCCAACCCAACUCAUAACUGUGAAGAUCCUUUUGAAAACAUCGAUGAGCAAAAUGUGGUGGACCAAUGUGAAAAAUAUCGGGCAGAUUGUGCAGACCUUUUGGAGGAUGAAAAGUGGUCUUCUUGUAGCUGGGUUUUGAACCCUGAGCCAUAUAUCAAGGCCUGUACAAAUGAUAUCUGUUCACGUCAACCUGAAGAUGAAGAAAACGAAGAUAGAGACACCACCGCACUCUGCGCGACUUUGUCUGAAUAUUCACGUCAGUGUUCGCAUGCUGGAGGAUCUCCGCCGAACUGGAGAACAGCAAAGUUCUGUGCUGUGACGUGCCCCUACAAUAUGGUACAUUCUGAAAGUGGCUCCCCCUGUAUGGCCACAUGCUCACACAAAGACACAAACACACUGUGUGAGGAACACAACAUCGAUGGCUGCUUCUGCCCACCAGGAACUGUGUUUGAUGACAUUUCAAAUACGGGCUGCAUCCCAGCAGAAAAGUGUCAGUGCAAGCAUGACCGCGUCUACAACACAGGAGAGAUUCUUCGCAAAGACGAGGAAGAAUGUGUAUGUGAGGAGGGAAACUGGAUCUGUACGAGUAUUCCUCACCCUGGCCUGUGCGCAGUAGAGGAAGGAUCUCACUUCACCACCUACGACGGGAAAGAAUUCACUUUCCAUGGAGACUGCAACUAUGUGCUCUCAAAAGAUUGUGAGGGGUCCAAGUUCAUCAUAUUGGCUCAGAUUGUUCCUUGUUUUACUCAUGAAACGGACACCUGUUUGAAAUCUAUCGUGGUGCUGUUUGACAUUGACAAGAAAAAUCCUCUGAUUAUUAAAGCUGAUGGGACGGUACAACACAAUGCAGAAGUUUCACUUCCUUACAUGACAGCUGACUUCACUGUGUUCAUGCCGUCAUCAUUUCACAUCUUACUUCAGACCACCUUUGGGCUGCAAGUACAGAUACAGCUGGUGCCUCUUAUGCAGGUGUACAUCACUGUGGAGCAAAUCUUCAAGGGCAAGACUUGUGGUCUCUGUGGAAAUUUUAACGAAGUGCUGUUUGAUGACCUGAAGACCCCUCAGGGAGUGGUGGAGGGUACAGCAGUUUCCUUCGCAAAUGCCUGGAAGGCCCUUUCCAACUGUCCCGACCGUUCUGAGAGGAUGGACGACCCUUGUUCCUACAGCAGUGACAGCGAGCACUUUGCUGAGCACUGGUGUUCCAAGAUGAAGGACAAGGAGAGCCUCUUUGCCAAAUGUCACACCACUGUCAAUCCAGACAGCUACUACAAAAGAUGCAAAUACUCCAGCUGUACCUGUGAGAAGAGUGAGGAAUGUCUGUGUACGGUGUUCUCCUCGUACGCCCGGGCCUGUGCAGCUAAAGGAAUAUUCCUCCAAGGCUGGCGAGGAAUCGUGUGUGAGAAGUAUACAGAGAACUGCCCGGCAUCGCAGAACUACUCGUAUCAGCUGCAGAGCUGCCAGCGUACCUGUCUUUCUCUCGCCUCUGAGCGCCAAAGCUGCAGCGUUGACUUUGUGCCUGUUGAUGGAUGCGCAUGUCCAGAUGGACUCUACCAGGAUGAGAAUGGACUGUGUGUACCUAUGGAAAAAUGUCCAUGUUAUCACAACGGACAGAAAAUCCAUCCCGGCAAGUCUGUCAACAUUAGGGAUGAACACUGUGUUUGCAUCAAUGGAAAGUUCCACUGUCGUUCCUGGAAAACCCAAAUUCAUGGAUGUCCCUCUCCAAAGGUUUUCUUCAACUGCAGUACAGCAGGCCAAUAUGAACAUGGAUUGGCGUGUGCAAAGACUUGUUCGCAACAGGAAGUUGACUGCUUCUCGCUGGACUGUCAAUCUGGCUGCCAUUGUCCUUUUGGUCUAUUGGAUGAUGGCAGAGGACACUGUGUUAAACCGGAUAACUGCCCAUGUAAACAUGAUGGACAGUUUUAUGCACCAGGAUCUGAGAUAACCGUAGAUUGCAAUAAAUGCACUUGUCAACGGGGAAAGUGGAAAUGUACACAUAAUAAGUGUCCAGGCAUAUGCACCAUAUACGGCAGCGGACAUUAUAAAACUUUCGAUCAGCAAAGAUUUGGCUUCAGGGGAGACUGCAGUUAUAUUGCUGCUCAGGAUAAGUGUGGAAAUAAAACUGGCCAUUUUCACGUGGUUACCGAAAACAUGCCUUGUGGAACAACAGGAACCACUUGUUCAAAGGCUGUAGGGAUACUUUUGGGGAGGACUUGGCUACUGCUUUCUGAUGGGACUGUAACAGUUACUGAUACCGGAAGUGGUCCAAAGUUUAAGUACAGUCAGAGAAAUGUUGGGAUGUACCUUGUCAUUGAUGCUAAAAUCGGACUGACAAUUUUGUGGGACCGCAAAACCACUGUCCGCAUCAUUCUGCAACCUCAUUACAAGGGACACGUUUGUGGCUUGUGUGGAAAUUUCAAUGGGAAUGGAAAAGAUGACUUUACCACUCAGGGAAAUUUGCCAACUACAAAUGUAAUGGAGUUUGUGGACAGCUGGAAAGUGUUAAGCACCUGCCCUGAUGCAAAACCAGACCUUAACCCAUGCCUUGAGACCCCCAAUCGAGAGACAUGGGCAAAAAUACAGUGUAGCAUCAUAAAGGAAGUUACGUUCAAAGACUGCCAUAACAAGGUGGAUCCAAACCCAUAUUAUGAGAACUGUGUGAAGGACUCGUGCGCGUGUGAUGCAGGUGGAGAUUGCGAGUGCUUCUGUACAGCUGUGGCAGCUUACGCUCAAGCCUGCAAUGAGGCAGGUGUUUGUGUCGUUUGGAGAACACCUGAGAUCUGCCCUGUGUUCUGUGACUACUACAAUGACCCAGGAGAAUGCACAUGGCACUACAGUCCUUGUCAUACACCUUGCUACAAAACCUGUCUCAACCCUGAUGGUAUUUGCAAUAACACUUUACCCAACCUGGAAGGAUGUUAUCCAGAAUGUCCAAAGGAUAAGCCUAUUUAUGAUGAAGAAAAUCAGAUCUGUGUGGAGAAAUGUAUAGAACCUACAACAACACCAGAACCUACCACAUCAUCUACCCCUAGACAACAACUACCACAAAGCCUCCUACAACAACACCAAAGUUACCACAUCAUCUACCACUACACUGACAACUACCACAAAGCCUCCUACAACAACACCAGAAGCUACCACAUCAUCUACCCCUACACCGACAACUACCACUACCAUAAAGCCUCCUACAACAACACCAGAACCUCCCACAACAACACCAGGACCUACCCCAUCAUCUACUCCUACACCGACAACUACCACUACCAUAAAGCCUCCUACAACAACACCAGAACCUCCCACAACAACACCAGGACCUACCCCAUCAUCUACUCCUACACCGACUACCACAAAGUCUACUACAACACCAGAACCUACCACAUCAUCUACCCCUACACCGACAACUACCACUACCAUAAAGCCUCCUACAACAACACCAGAACCUCCCACAACAACACCAGAACCUACCACAUCAUCUACCCCUACACCGACAACUACCACAACAGAGGAGGGGAUGACUUGGAGACUUAUGAAAAUAUUGCAGGAAAUGGAAAAGAGAUCUGUGAACAGCCAGAAGCUAUUGAAUGUAGGGCUGUGGGCCUACCAAACUUGAGCUUUGAAGAUCUUAUUCAGCAAUCAAACCAAGUUGCCCAGUGCAAUGUUUCAUUUGGAUUAAUAUGUGAAGGGGAACAACAGAAAUUCCGCCCAUAUAAAUGUUCUAACUAUGAAAUACGGGUUUACUGCUGUUUCAUUUGUACAACACCACCACCAUCAACAACAACAAUAUUUACCACAUCAUCUACCCCUACAUCGACAACUACCACAAAGCCUCCUACAAUAACACCAGAACCUACCACAUCAUCUACCCCUAGACCGACAACUAUCACAAAGCCUCCUACAACAACACCUGAACCUACCACAUCAACACCAGAACCUACCACAUCAUCUACCCCUACACCGACAAGUACCACAAAGCCUCCUACAACCACAACAGAACCUACCACUUCAUUUACCACUACACCGACAACUAUCACAAAGCCUCCUACAACCACACCAGAACCUACCACGUCAUCUACCCCUACACUGACAACUACCACAAAGAUCAGGUCAAAUUUCAACAGAAUCUACCACAUCAGCUACACCGACAACUACCACAAAGCCUCCUACAACUACACCAGGACCUACCACAUCAUCUACCCCUACACCGACUACCACAAAGUCUACUACAACACCAGAACCUCCCACAACAACACCAGAACCUCCCACAACAACACCAGAACCUACCACAGCAUCUACACUUACAACGACUACCACAAAGUCUACUACAACACCAGAGCCUCCCACAACAACACCAGGACCUACCCCAUCAUCUACCCCUACACCGACAACUACCACUACCACAAAGCCUCCCACAACAACACCAGAACCUCCCACAACAACACCAGGACCUACCCCAUCAUCUACCCCUACGCCGACUACUACAAAGUCUACUACAACACCAGAAAGACCUACCACAUCAACACAAGAACCUACCACAUCAUCUACCCCUACACCGACUACCACAAAGUCUACUACAACACCAGAACCUCCCACAACAACACCAGAGCCUACCACAUCAUCUACUCCUACACCGACAACUACCACAAAGCCUCCUACAACAACACCAGAACCUACCACAUCAACACAAGAACCUACCCCAUCAUCUACUCCUAUACCGACUACCACAAAGUCUACUACAACACCAGAACCUACCACAUCAUCUACCCCUACACCGACAACUACCACUACCAUAAAGCCUCCUACAACAACACCAGAACCUCCCACAACACAUCAGGACCUACCCCAUCAUCUACUCCUACACCAACUACCACAAAGUCUACUACAACACCAGAACCUACCACAUCAUCUACCCCUACACCGACAACUACCACUACCAUAAAGCCUCCUACAACAACACCAGAACCUCCCACAACAACACCAGGACCUACCCCAUCAUCUACUCCUACACCGACAACUACCACUACCAUAAAGCCUCCUACAACAACACCAGAACCUCCCACAACAACACCAGGACCUACCCCAUCAUCUACUCCUACACCGACUACCACAAAGUCUACUACAACACCAGAACCUACCACAUCAUCUACCCCUACACCGACAACUACCACUACCAUAAAGCCUCCUACAACAACACCAGAACCUCCCACAACAACACCAGGACCUACCCCAUUAUCUACCCCUACACCGACAACUACCACUACCAUAAAGCCUCCUACAACAACACCAGAACCUCCCACAACAACACCAGGACCUACCCCAUCAUCUACUCCUACACCUACAACUACCACUACCAUAAAGCCUCCUACAACAACACCAGAACCUCCCACAACAACACCAGGACCUACCCCAUCAUCUACUCCUACACCGACUACCACAAAGUCUACUACAACACCAGAACCUACCACAUCAUCUACUCCUACACCUACAACUACCACUACCAUAAAGCCUCCUACAACAACACCAGAACCUCCCACAACAACACCAGGACCUACCCCAUCAUCUACUCCUACACCGACUACCACAAAGUCUACUACAACACCAGAACCUACCACAUCAUCUACCCCUACACCGACAACUACCACUACCAUAAAGCCUCCUACAACAACACCAGAACCUCCCACAACAACACCAGGACCUACCCCAUCAUCUACUCCUACACCGACAACUACCACUACCAUAAAGCCUCCUACAACAACACCAGAACCUCCCACAACAACACCAGGACCUACCCCAUCAUCUACUCCUACACCGACAACUACCACUACCAUAAAGCCUCCUACAACAACACCAGAACCUCCCACAACAACACCAGGACCUACCCCAUCAUCUACUCCUACACCGACUACCACAAAGUCUACUACAACACCAGAACCUACCACAUCAUCUACCCCUACACCGACAACUACCACAAAGCCUCCUACAACAACACCAGAACCUCCCACAACAACACCAGAACCUACCACAUCAUCUACCCCUACACCGACAACUACCACAAAGCCUCCUACAACAACACCAGAACCUACCACAACAACACCAGGACCUACCCCAUCAUCUACCCCUACACCGACAACUACCACUACCACAAAGCCUCCUACAACAACACCAGGACCUACCACAACAACACCAGGACCUACCCCAUCAUCUACCCCUACACCGACAACUACCACUACCACAAAGGCUCCUACAACAACACCAGAACCUCCCACAACAACACCAGGACCUACCCCAUCAUCUACCCCUACACCGACAACUACCACUACCAUAAAGCCUCCUACAACAACACCAGAACCUCCCACAACAACACCAGGACCUACCCCAUCAUCUACUCCUACACCGACUACCACAAAGUCUACUACAACAACACCAGAACCUCCCACAACAACACCAGGACCUACCCCAUCAUCUACUCCUACACCGACUACCACAAAGUCUACUACAACACCAGAACCUACCACAUCAUCUACCCCUACACCAACAACUACCACUACCAUAAAGCCUCCUACAACAACACCAGAACCUCCCACAACAACACCAGGACCUACCCCAUCAUCUACUCCUACACCGACAACUACCACUACCAUAAAGCCUCCUACAACAACACCAGAACCUCCCACAACAACACCAGGACCUACCCCAUCAUCUACUCCUACACCGACAACUACCACUACCAUAGAGCCUCCUACAACAACACCAGAACCUCCCACAACAACACCAGGACCUACCCCAUCAUCUACUCCUACACCGACUACCACAAAGUCUACUACAACACCAGAACCUACCACAUCAUCUACCCCUACACCGACAACUACCACUACCAUAAAGCCUCCUACAACAACACCAGAACCUCCCACAACAACACCAGGACCUACCCCAUCAUCUACUCCUACACCGACAACUACCACUACCAUAAAGCCUCCUACAACAACACCAGAACCUCCCACAACAACACCAGGACCUACCCCAUCAUCUACUCCUACACCGACAACUACCACUACCAUAGAGCCUCCUACAACAACACCAGAACCUCCCACAACAACACCAGGACCUACCCCAUCAUCUACUCCUACACCGACUACCACAAAGUCUACUACAACACCAGAACCUACCACAUCAUCUACCCCUACACCGACAACUACCACUACCAUAAAGCCUCCUACAACAACACCAGAACCUCCCACAACAACACCAGGACCUACCCAUCAUCUACUCCUACACCGACAACUACCACUACCAUUCUACUACAACACCAGAACCUACCACAUCAUCUACCCCUACACCGACAACUACCACUACCAUAAAGCCUCCUACAACAACACCAGAACCUCCCACAACAACACCAGGACCUACCCCAUCAUCUACUCCUACACCGACUACCACAAAGUCUACUACAACACCAGAACCUACCACAUCAUCUACCCCUACACCGACAACUACCACUACCAUAAAGCCUCCUACAACAACACCAGAACCUCCCACAACAACACCAGGACCUACCCCAUCAUCUACUCCUACACCGACUACCACAAAGUCUACUACAACACCAGAACCUACCACAUCAUCUACCCCUACACCGACAACUACCACUACCACAAAGCCUCCUACAACAACACCAGAACCUCCCACAACAACACCAGGACCUACCCCAUCAUCUACUCCUACACCGACAACUACCACUACCACAAAGGCUCCUACAACAACACCAGGACCUACCACAUCAACACAAGAACCUACCACUUCAUCUACCCCUACACCGACUACCACAAAGUCUACUACAACACCAGAACCCCCCACAACAACACCAAGACCUACCCCAUCAUCUACCCCUACGUUGACAACUACCACAAAGCCUCCACAACAACACCUGGAUCUACCACAUCAUCUACCCUAAACCGGCAACUACUCCUACACCAACUCCACACAAACGAGACCUUCAUCCUGUGUGAUUGCACCAUGGCAAGGUGCAUAGAAGACAACGUUAUUGAAAUUAUCCCAUUUGAAUGCCCUCCACUGCAGAACAUUACCUGUGAAAAUGGCAAAAAACCUGUGCUUGUGUAUGAUGAGCAUCACUGCUGCCAGUCUUACCAAUGUGACUGCUUUUGUGAAGGCUGGGGUGACCCGCAUUACAUCACAUUUGAUGGACUUUUCUACAGUUAUCAAGGAAACUGCACCUAUAUAUUAAUGGAGGAAAUAAGGCCUAAAUACCAUUUAAAGAUCUACAUUGACAAUGUCUUCUGUGACCCUAUUGAGCAUGUAUCCUGUCCCAGAUCCAUUAUUGUGUCUUACAACAAUCAAGUCAUAACACUAACAAAUCAUAAUUUCAUUGGAGGUGCAGACCUAGAGGCUGUUAAGGACAAUGUUAAGUUAAGACUGCCAUAUGCUUUUAAUGGUGUGAGGGUUAUAAGCUCAGGCCUAGACUUGUUCCUGAGUAUUCCACAGCUUGGUGUUGAUAUAACAUUUGGAGCCACUGGCUUUGGCAUCAACCUGCCAUUCCAGCAUUUUGGAAACAACACACAAGGUCACUGUGGAACAUGCAACAACAACAGAGCCGAUGACUGCAUGAUCCCUGGAGGGAUCUUGGUGAACGACUGUGCAUUGAUGGCAGAUUACUGGCCAGCCAGUGGUGUGAAUGGUGAAAUUUGCACUCCACCAACUGCAUUGCCUACAGUUGGGGGUGAUCUUAAACCUACACCUGAGCCAUGCCAGGCCCAUCCUGAAUGCAACCUCCUCAGCAGCGAGUUGUUCGAAGCAUGCCAUUCCCAUGUGUCCCCUAACAACUUCUUUUUAGGAUGUCAAUAUGAUAGUUGUCAUAUGAGCAACCCUGCCGUGGUGUGUACCAGUCUGCAGAGCUACGCAAGGGCUUGCUCUGAAUUAGGGGUAUGCAUACACUGGAGGAACUACACUAACCUUUGCAAUAUUGAAUGUCCAGCAGAUAAAGUCUUCAAUCCUUGUGGUCCAGCUGAACCACCAAGCUGUGAUGAUAUACCUGAACGGAGCACCAUUACAGUGCAUACAGAGGGCUGCUUCUGUCCUGAGGGAACAUUGCUCUUCAACAAGGAGUCAGGAGUCUGUGUGAACAAAUGCGGAUGCCUGGAUGCCUCUGGGACACCACGUGAGUUUGAUGAGGUUUUCGAGUACAACUGCGAAGAGUGUGUUUGUGAAAAGGCCAGCAAAUCGGUGACCUGUAAGCCCAAGAAGUGUCCUGAUGUGAAUCCUGUGAGCUGCACUGAGCCCGGCUUUGUGCUAGUCAACGUCACCAAUCCCUCCGAUCCAUGCUGCAACAAACAAGUUUGCAAUUGUGAUGUCAACGUUUGCCCACCUUUGGAUAAAAAGUGUGGAGUCGGAUAUGCGCCGGUCCUGGAAGUGCCUAUCGGAAAAUGCUGUCCAGAAAUCAAAUGCGAGCCAAAGAAAGUUUGUGUCCACAAAAACGUAGAGUAUCAGCCUGGUACCAAGAUCCCCGUCAUUGACUGUCAGGAAUGUAGCUGUACCUGGGAUGUGGAUCCUAAAACACAGUGGUUCAAGAUCAAAUGUGAAUUUGUGCAGUGCGAUGAGAAAUGUAAACCUGGUUAUGAAUAUAUUGAUACAGGCCAUGACUGCUGUGGAAAGUGUGUGCAAACUCACUGCAUCAUCAACAUCAACGGCGUCGAGCAUAUACUGCAGGACGGAGCCAGUUUACCCUCUACAAACCAGGGCUGUGACAGAAUCACAUGCACUAAAGUUAAUGGACAGUUCAUCACUGACAAAUACACAGUCCAGUGCCCUCCUUUCAACGUUACGAACUGCCAGCCUGGUACCGUUCAGCUGUCAGCUGAUGGCUGCUGCCGUGUUUGUGUGGACCAAGUUACGGGAUGUGGAGUAAAGAUUGUUAGCGAUUACAUAAAUCACAUGGACUGCCAGUCAGAGAAGAAAAUGGACCUGACAUUUUGUAGUGGAGACUGUAACAGCUUUAGCAGCUACACUGCACCUGGAUUGUCCUCCUGUAGCUGUUGCCAGGCCACGCGUUCAAGUAAUCGCACAGUGAAUCUUGGUUGCGUAAAUGGAGACAUAAUAACCCACUCGUACAUCCAUGUCGAAGAGUGCUCCUGUAGCAGAACUGACUGUCACAUAAACGACGCACUCAUUGAAAACAGCCAAAGAAAACGCAGCUUGGGACUUCCGUGAGCAGCAGCGGUGAAUCAUCAAACCCAUGCAAAAACGAAAUGUCUCUUAAGUAUCGUAGUGAAAAUUUGUAAUCAGAAAUUAACUUAAAUGGCACAUUUUUUAACAUUUCUUGCAUUUUAUCUAUAGGUCUCUUCUUUUUUCUGUGCUUGAUAAAGGUGUACUCUUUUGCUUGUUUGAAAUGAAAAUAAAUAAAAAAGCAUAUUAAAAUUCAA